AUGGCGCUCUUCCUCAACAGCACCUCGGAAGGGGACAUGCAAAGGGGCAUGGACCUCAUCGCUUCCGCCUGCGAGAACUUCGGUAUGAUAAUCAACACGGAGAAGACGGUGGUUAUAUACCAACUGCCACCCACUACAGCCCACCACAAUGAGUCGCAAACCAACGGGAACGGAACCCAAAUGCAAGUGGUGGACAACUUCACAUAUCUGGGCAGUACCCUUUCCCGCAGCACCAAAAUCGACGACGAAGUGGCCCGCCACAUUUCUAAAGCCAGCCAAGCCUUCGGCCAUCUGCAGAACACCGUCUUGAACCGUCACGGUCUCCACCUCAACACGAAGCUGAAGAUGUACAAGGCAGUCAUACCGCCGACACUGCUGUAUGGAGCGAAGACCUGGACGGUCUACAAGAUGCCGGCGUGGAGACUCGACCACGUCAGCUGUCUUCGACGGAGGAGAUACCAGUUCAAGGACUCCGAGGCAGUCGAACCUUAA